UUGGCUAGAGCUGCAUGAUGUCAGACAGUUACCCGGAAAAGUGACAUGCUGACAGAGAUUGUGAUCAUGUCCAGUGAAGAGCUGCUGUCUGUGGAUUAUGAGGUGUUAGGGCGAGUGCAGGGUGUGUUCUUCAGAAAAUACACACAGGCAGAGGGUAAGAAGCUGGGACUGGUUGGUUGGGUUCAGAACACUGAUGCUGGAACAGUUCAAGGGCAGCUGCAGGGUUCCGCUUCUAAAGUCCAGGAGAUGCAGCACUGGCUCCAGACCAUCGGCAGUCCUCAAUCUCGAAUCACCAAAGCGGAGUUCAAGAAUGAGCACACGGUUGACAAACUGGAUUUCAAGGAUUUCAAAGUAGUGCGUUGAUGUAUUUAGUAUUUAUGUAUGUAGAUAUGUAGGUUAUUUAUUUUAGGCUUUAAUAUGGUAUGUUUCACACACUUGCCCAUUGCCUGUUACUGAGAAAGAUACGAGAAAGCAGAACAAACCGCAGUACAUCUUAUUCCAGAAAAGUGUUUUAGGUUGAAUCUGUAUUGACUUUAAAUCUAAUUUCUGAGAUUUCUGAGACGCUAACAGACACAGACACUGUGCUUCUGUAACAUCAAAUUAUGUUGUGUCUAUAUCCUUUAUGUCAAAGGACUAAAAGAAUAAUAUUUAAAUGUUCAUGAAGUAGGUUGUAAAACACUUCAACACAAGCAGAUGUGUUUCAUUCAUCAAAUUAGUUGACAGUUUAAAGAUGUACAGUGUAUUUAGAAGUUUAAUAGCACAUGGAAGUGAUUUAAAGAACACAUGUCCGUUUUCACCAUAUUAAAACAAACUUGA